AUGGCAAUUGCGCGCCUUCAAGAUUUGGAAAAAGCUCAUUGGGAGGCCAUCAAGGGAAACGAAGUCGGGCAAAAUUUUGGAUCCAAAGUCAACCGACGUAAAACUCAUCCUACAAAAAAUCUGCCUAAAGAAUGGCGUGCGUGGUAUAAAAUGUAUGGUACCGAGCAACGCGAAACAUUCGAUAUUCUUCAGGAACGAAGAAAAGCCCGUGAACGAGGCGAAAAAAACUUUCAGUAUACAUCUAGGGGUGGCGAUGUCAUGUUAUUUAAUGGAGAAGAUGAGCCCGCUGAGUUAGGAGGGGUACCGGAGAAAGCUUUGCCUAUUCAAAUAUCUGCCGGACGAGAAGCACGAGCAUCCUCAAACUUGCCAUCAGGCGCAAACAGACUAGAGUCAGUAGGCGCUCUGCCAUACGGUAUGAGAGCAGAUCCUACGAUAGAUGUGGGAUCCUAUCCGCUACCGUAUACGAUGGUAGACAGGGUGGAAGGCAUGGGAGUAGCAGCUCCACCAAAUUCGAGACCAAUUCCGGCAAUAGAUUCGCCAGUGGUCAUUUCAGUCGAGUCUAUUGCAGAGUCUAAUCACUCCAACAUCACUACACCACGCAGAAAUAAGGCAGUGACUCCGGGAGUCGAAGUUAAGCUCGAAAGCAUUCGUGAUAGCUUGAUCAGCCAGAUUGAUGGACUCAAUUCCCAAGUAGCUGCUUCUCAAGCUUCCGCUACAGGCGUCAAGACCGAACCAAUCGAUAUUAUCUCACUUUAUUCAGACGAUGAAAUUAUGUUUAUAUCGAGACCAAAGUUUUCAAAACUGUAA